AUGUCAUCGAAUCUGCCUGGCGGCGGCGGCGUGAGAUCACUUCGUGCUAUGUUCGAGAGCUCACAUCCCGAACGUUCUGCCUCCCCUGAAGCUGCCCGUGGCCGUUCGCCCACCCCCGGCUCGCCCUCCGUCCGCAGCAGCGAGUCCAAUUCGCGCCCGACCUCCAAGGUGCGCGCCAGCUUCAUCUCCGUCGGCCCCUUUGACUCGCCCCCGACCAGCAUGCCCGGCGAAAACGGCGUCGAGAGCCCGGCCGUCGAGAGCCCGGCUGUCGAGAGCCUGCCUGGCAGCGCGAGCCCCUUCUCGAGCCCGCCCGCCGGCGCCAUCAACGCCCUCAGGGCCGCCGCGCCCUCCGAGUCCACCGGCAGCACCGCCACCCAGCGCCGCGGCAGCAUGAGCCUCGAUCCAGCCCGCGACUCGGACGCGCUCGAGGAGCUCAGGCACACCGUGUCGUCCGAAGCCGACCAUCGCCGCGCCAGCGUCGACAUCCAGGAGACGGUGCCCGAGAACGCCGUCUUCACCGGCCCCACCAACACGCCCUUCAUGGAGAUCAAGGAGGACAAUGCGAUGGGCACCUUCGUCGACAAUGACAACAACAAGUGGCAGGAUGCCAAGAAGGCUAGCGAGCCUGGCCCGAGGGCGGAAGCCACGAACGAGAACGCGCGCCAUUUCCUCGAGGAAGCCGCCGCCGGCUUGAAGCGCGUCGAAAUCGCCGCGGAGGAGAAGAAGUCCGAGUCGGCUCACAAGUCGUCCUCCGCCUCUGACGCCACCGCCACCGGUGCCACUCCCACUCCCACUCCCGCCGCCGCUGCCCCGCCGCCUGCCGAAGAACCAAAGAAGGAGGAAAUUGCCCUUCCCGCGGAAGAACCUACAAUGGGCCAGCCGGACAAGAAGACCGACGUGGAGGACGAGAGCGCUGAGAUGAAGCCCUCGGACCCCAAGGAGGAAAGCGCUGUUUCUGGAGGCGAGGCUCUGCCGCCGCCAACCGAGACUUUGAAGCCCCUCGGCGUUGAGAAGACCACGGAGGAGGCGCCUGCGCCUGCGCCCGCCGCCGAAGAGAAGGCCGAGGAGAAGGUUGAGCCCCAGCCUGAGGAGAAGGCCGAUGCCGCGCCUGAGCCUGCUCCCGAGGCUGAGAAGACGCUUGCGCCGGCUGAAGAGAGCAAGCCGUCUGGCGCCAAGUCUCCCGUUCCUCCCGGAACUCCUACCUCGCCGGUCGCCUCUCCCAAGUCCACGACGUCGAAAACCUCGUCUGCCAAGGAGCCUGCGAAGAGGACCAGCAGGACGUCGCUCAAAUCGGCGACUUCCAGCUCUGCCGCGAAGCCGCGCGCUACGUCCAGGCCCGCUGCUGAGAAGAAGGGCACUCACGCCACGCCCCCUUUUACGAAGCCCAGACCAAAGUCGCCCACGCGCCCCGCCAAGCUCCCCUCGCACCUGACGGCGCCCACGGCUGCUUCGGCUGCGAAGCGCGAGGCCGAGAAGGCCGAGGAGAAGAAGGCUGCCGCUAAGCCCAAGACCACGACCCCGCGCGCACCGGCCGUCGCGUCCAAGACCACGACUGCUGCCGCGCACAAGACGGCAGCCGAGAAGAAGGCGGGCUCCCGCCCCGCGCAGACGACGGCCAAGCGCCCCGAGUCCCGCACGUCCAGGCCCAGCGUUGGUGCGCGCGCGCCUGACGACAGCUUCCUCGCCCGCAUGAUGCGCCCGACGGCGGCGUCUGCCAGCAAGACGCACGAGAAGAAGGACGACGUCAAGUCGCCUCCGAGGCGCCAGACGUCGGUGAAGACGAAGCAAGCGAACGGCAGCGGCGUUGGCGCGAAGGCGAAGACAAAGGUUGUGGAGGGCAUUGACAAGGCGAAGGAGAAGGUUUUGGACAAGGAUACUUCGGAGAAGAAGGAAGAGAGCUCGGGACCGAGCCUGGAGCCUGCGCUUCCCAUCACCGAGAAGCCAGUGGAGGAGGAAAAGGUGGCCGAGGAGGAGGGCAAGAACACACCGCCUCAGGAUGCGGAGACUCCAGAGCAGAGCGGGGAGACGAUGACGCAAACGCCUGCGGGCAUUGAGGGCGGUGUUAUUCGCCCAACAACACUUGCCACUCUAGUUGAAGAAGCCCCACCGCAAAUCCGGUCGCCGCCUCAACAACUCUUCCCCGACGCAGCAACGACGUCGACGCCAACAAGCGGCUCCCGCGCCCUCCGCAGCUUCAGCAACGCCAGCAGCAUGACGGCCUACUCUUCCGCGAGCACUGCCUUCACCACCUCGACCGCCGCGACGUCCGUUUACGGCGGCGCUCGCUGCAGCACUCCAACCUCUUCCUACACCAGCGGCACUUCUACCCCGUCGUCUGUUUCUGUCUGUGGCGGCGACAUCCCUCCGCUUCCUUCUUCCGUCAAGCCCAACGUCGCUGCCGCCGCCGCUGCUCCGCGCAGGGGUCGCAUCUCGAACUUGGUUGCGUUCUUUGAGAAGAACCAGUGA